AUGCGCACCAGGCAUCAGCUCGUUUUGUUUUAUUUUUACGAUACAAUCAUUCAGAUACUAUCAGACAAAAUGAACAAGCCGUCUGCCAAGUUCAAUUUGAAACCAUUAGAUUUUGAUGCUACCGCAAACUCAAGUAAAGGAAAGCAACAUUCCGAAUCACCAAAUGUUAAUCCCAUUCCUCGGCAAGUUUCAUCCGCAUCAAGUCAUCGCGAUCUAAGUACUGGAAAACUUCAUCUAUCAGAUUCAAAAGUUUACAAAUUUACACCGAAUGAUCUAAUCGAUCGAGGUGUUAUCGGAGAAGGUAAUUUUGGAAUCGUAUGCAAAAUGGAACAUGAAAAAAGUGGUACACUGAUGGCUGUUAAACGAAUUCGUUCGACUGUUGAUGAGCGGUGCCAAAAGCAAAUGCUCAAUGAAUUAGAUAUUGUUAUGCGUGAAAAUACUUCGCCACAUAUUGUACAAUUCUAUGGUGCCCUCUUCAAAGAAGGUGAUUGUUGGAUUUGUAUGGAACUAAUGGACACAUCAUUAGAUCGAUUUUAUAAAUUUGUUUAUCAUAAACGUCAUCAAUCCAUUCCAGAAAGUGUUCUUGCUUUUAUCACCCUUGCCACUCUCCAAGCACUUGAUUAUAUUAAAUCCACUUGGCAAAUUAUCCAUCGUGAUGUCAAACCAUCUAACAUCUUAGUUUCACGAUCCACAAUUAAACUUUGUGAUUUUGGUAUCAGUGGACAACUAAUUGAUUCAAUUGCAAAAACACGCGAUGCUGGUUGUCGACCUUAUCUACCCCCUGAACGUAUCGAUCCACUACGAGCUACAAAAGAUGGUUACGAUGUUCGAUCCGAUGUUUGGUCACUUGGUAUAACGAUUUAUGAAAUUGCGACCGGAUAUUUUCCAUUUCGUGAAUGGACAUCAGUAUUUGACCAACUACAACAAAUUGUUGAAGGUCCUCCUUUACGAUUAACUGUUGAUCGUCUUUCAGAUAAUUGCAAAGAUUUUGUAAAUACUUUAAAUAAAGAUGAAAAUCAAAGACCAAAAUAUAAAAAACUGUUGGAACAUCCAUUCGUAUGCAAAGCAAAAGAGUCCAAACAAGCAGAGAAUACAGCCGCUUAUUUAUCGGAAAUUAUCGAUGGACUUUCGGAAAAUACGGAUACAUUUGAGAUGUAUUAUUAUUUACCACCUAAUGCCUCAGCAUCAUCGAAUAAUCGAUGA